AUGCUUACUUACCUCUGGGCCGUCAUUGCUAGCAUACUGUCUGUAUUGCUCUUCCUUGCCAAUCUCGCGGUAUUCGAAGCGCUCCUGGCAUUCGUUCCACAGAACGAGCCGGACAACCAUGUUGGCGCUUGGAGUCCUUGGGUCACGAUAGGUCUCGUUGUUGUGGCUGCUUUCUUAGGGAAAUAUCAUCAAGCUCUCAUGACAUCCGCUGCUACACUCUUGAGACGUAUCUUCGAUACGAGGGAUCAAACAACAAGUGACCGACAUGAUGACGAGGGUGGAGAAUCGCCUCAGAUGAGAACCUCGAUGACUGCCCAAGCGAAGCAAGCUUCAAGAGAAGAGCGGAGUUUACCUGCCACAACAACACACGUCGUGAGCGUCGGUGUUACAAGAGCGCUCGCUGCUGGGCAUUGGAUCAAGGAGGAAUGGAUGCUACUGAAGGCCUUCUGGCGCAAUCCAGACGACAACAUUGAUAGUCACCAUACCGCAUAUCUACCAACGCACCUGUCAACAUGUCCCUCCAUCCCUGAACAAUACGUCUCGUUUGGAGAAUCUACCUUCCAUGACUUUCCGGAUCAUCAAACUCAGGUGACUACGACGUGA